UUCCCCUUCUUUCUUUAUACUAUUUUUUUUUAUACACGAUGUUCGCUAGAUCGUUUGUCAUUUUAUUGUAAAUUUGUCUUUUUCUCUACUUACAUUUUCUGCUCAACAUGCAAGCUGAAGCUAGCUCAGACAUAUCAGUUUCAAUAAGUGAGUCAGACUCGUCUUACUUCCUAACACAACUAGAGAGCGCAUCAAAACGUAAACGUAGGACUAAAAGACGUGUACGUUCAGCAAGAUCGAGUGAAUCAGACUCUUCGAACAAAACAAUGCAUUCACUGUCACCCUCCACCUCUGAUUGGGAUGUUGAUUUUUUGAAAUCGUUGGGCAUAUCUUAUAAUGAAGUCUACCAUCCAUCACCUAUGGACAUAUUGAACAUGAUUUAUGAAGACAUUGAUAUUUUUGGACCAUUGACCGACGAUCAAAAGUUUGAUAUGGAAAGAUUGCAGGAACAUAUAACAUUUAAUUCUUCUAUAGCUGAAGUUAUGGAAGAUGAAGCAGAUAUUGUUCAAAAUGCUGAUGGAGACAUAUUUUUUCCAGAUCUGGAGAAUGAUAUUGAAAAUUUAAGCAGUACUUCCGUACAAAGAGCUGAGGACUUCCUUGUUAAAGUACAGCUGAUGAUAUCUUGCCAGGUUGCAUUUCUCAAUGGUUUGGCAGAAAAUGAAGUUCCUGUAGAUAUGUUUGUGAAUAUUUUGGAAGCAUUUUCAAACAUGUGUCAUAUUUUGCCUGUACCAGGAUCAGCUUUUAAAAGUAAAAAGAUAAUUCGAAAUGUACCAGUGACUUCAUCACCACAUGUGGUUCUUAUUCCAUGGAAGAAUAGACUUAUUCCAUUUGCAGAAGAAGCAGCAUGUUUAGUGUCAGUUGCACAGGUGCAAAAGGAGAAGCAGAUAAAGUUAAGUCAAGAGAAAUGGACAAAUACAGCACCAACAAAAGAUGUACAACAUUCAAAUGACAGUCAAUCUGAAGUUAGUCAUGAAUCAACUAUAUUUGAAAAAGUUCAUGGAAAUAUCCUGGGACGACAUGGUGGUGAACUGCUAAUUAAUGAACACAGUUAUGGCAGUAUUUUAAGCAAAGGGAGAAUAUUGAAGUACCUACCAGGGAUUAUAUGCAUUGGAACAGAGGUUAUAUUUACACUGUUGAAAAUAACUAGCAGCCAUUUAAGUGAAUUAAAGACAAAGUCCAAAACUUUCAGACAACAAACAGAAGCUACAAUAUAUUAUUCAGAACCCAAAGAUUUCUUACGGAAAGUGGACAGAGACAUACUGAUAAAAGCAUUUAUACGCUUAAAUAAUAUUUGUCAAAUCAACAAAUAAGUGGUCUAAGAAGAUGACAUAUGAUUUUUAAAGGUCUAGAUAUUUUAAGUGACCUGUUUAUGAGGAUGUCUAUUAUAUUCUUUAUUUCUGGCUUUAGAUUAUAUACACAUACUUUGUUGUAAGUGAUUCCAGGAUUGACUUUUUAGUUUAUGACAGUGUAGAAAGAAACUACACAUAGUGCAAUGUUCAUACUGUUUUUACACCAUACUUGUUUAUUCUGUAACAGAAUAACCUGUAUAAAAUACAAAAGAAACUUGA